AUGUCAUCGCCAACGUCGCAGCUUCUGUACGAUGAGGCCAACGGGUUCGGAGAGGCCGAGGCUCGUGAGUUUUUUGAACUUUGUAUUAUAAAACGGCAUUUUUAAAAUGGUUCCGAAAAGUAUGUCGUAUUUUAUUAAAAAUUCAAGGUUUGACGAAGUGUCAAAACUUUUAUUGGAAAAAAUGACGAAGUGUCACAAAAUUUAUUGGAAAUUUUUAAACCUAAAUUUAAGUUUUUAAGCUGUUUUUAAAUGUUAUUUUUAACAAAUUUAUCAAUAUUCUAUACUUGACGAAGUGUCAAAAGUUUUAUUGAAAAAUAUGACGAAAUGUCACAAAAUUUAUUGGACAACAAAAUGUUUAAAAAAGUAAGAUUUUUGAUAAUUUAAGUAAAAAAUACCUAUAUUUAGUUACAUCUAAAAUUUUUUUUUUCAGCCAAAUGGGGCUCGGCCCACGAUAUUCGACCGAAACGACCGGACACAACGCCGCCGACGAAACGUUCGCUGGGCUUUCAGUUCGGUCGAUGUUGUUUGUUGUUUAGUUUAAUAUUGAUUUUAAUAGUACUUGGCUCAAUUGUUGGAAUGUACAUUUUUCAUACUUUUAUUGGACAUUGCGAGUUCUUCGAGAAUGUAAGUUCAGUCUAGCCCUAGCCUUAGUCUUGGCCUUAGCCCAAAGCUCCAGCCGAGAGACCUAGCCCAGUUCUCUAGCCCAGAGCCCAGAGCCGUAGCCCAGAGCUCUAGCCUAGAGUCUUAGACUUGGCUUAAGUUCUAGCCCUGCCAUGGCUAUAGGCUUAGUCCUAGCCUUAGGCAUUUCCCUAUGGUUUGUCUUAAUCUUACCUCUGGUCUUAGCUUCAGUUUCAGCCCUAGCCUUGGCUUUAGCCCUAGUCUCAGCCUCAGCCUUAAUUUUGGUUCUAACUCUAGCUCUGGCUCCUAGGCUUGGCCAGAGCUCUAGCUCUGGUUUUAAUUAUGGUUCUAGCUUUAGCCCGGAUACUAGGUUCGGUCCUAGUUUUAGCUCUGGCCUUAAUUAUGGUUAAAGCUCUGGCCCUAGGCUUCAUUGUAGCUCUAGCUUAACUCCAGUUCUAGUUCUAUCCUUUUAUCCCUAAUACACCCUACUAAUAGCCUUAUGGCUAGCCUUAGUCCUAUUUUUAAAUACCCACGUCUAAAUUCAAAACUUUUCAGUUAACUACCGCCACUCCAGCUCCAUCGCUAGCCGAACAAAUCGACCAGGACUGUGGUCAAAUCUACCCAUGGCGCGAAAUCCGAUUACCUCAGGCGCUUCGACCCGUUUUCUAUAAACUCUUCAUUCAUCCCAACCUCACUGAUCUGACAUUCACGGGACAAGUAGAUAUAGACAUGGAUGUGGUAAAUGAUACUGGAAUCAUUGUGCUACAUCAAUCCGAACUCAAAAUUAAAACAUAUGCGUUGUACGUGCAGGGACAGAAGGUCAACGUGCGAUUGGUGGGUUCAUUUUAAAAUUAUUAUAGAAUUGUGGGCAAUGGUUGAUAAAUACUUUGAGUUGUAACAGUUAGAAACGGUACAUAAGGACAUAGAUGUAGACGAAAUGUAAUGUUAAAAAUGGGCGGCGUGCUAGGCUAAUACUUUGGGCUAAGAACAAGAAGAAGACUAAGGCUAAAAUACUAACUUGGCUUGGUAUUGAACUUUGACUUGAGCUAUAAUAUUAUGUCGUUGCUGAGAGGUUGUGCUAGGGUCACGGUCAGAUCUAGGCUGGAAUUGUUGUUUUAACGAUUAAAACUAGAAAAGGCUAGCCUUAGGGGUUGGAGUUUGACCUAUGGUUAGACUCAGGAAUUAAUUUUAGGCUAGGACUAAGUCUUGGGCUAGGGCUAGGCUUGGGCUAGUUUUAAAAUUUUUGAAGCAAAAACUUUACUUUAGAUGAUAUGCGACCGCUUACAACAAUGGACUUUUUUACCGAGUGUUAAAAUAAAUAAGAAUGAAAAGCUCAAGAUUGUACUUCAAUUUACCGGAGAGAUUCAGAAAAACUACAUGCAGGGACUCUAUGUGAAUCGACAUACCGACCACAACAAUGGGACUGAACGGUAUGACAAUUGGGGGGUCAAUUUCAUCUUUUAAAAAAAAUUUGGCGGUGGAGAAAGAGGGCGCCCGAUCUGGAUCGGACGAACCGAAACAAAAAAUUUUGCGGACCGGACCCAAAAAUUUAAAGUUUGGACCGGACCGUGCCCAAAAACUUGAAGAUUGGAUCAGACCCAAAAACUGCCGGACCGGUGAAAAACGCUCCGGACCGGUUCAGGCAAAGCAUUCGUUCAACCUAAUAAAAGCCGUUUACCUGUUAUGUUACAGAAGAUCAGCAGUAACUCAAUUCGAACCAACCAAUGCACGAAGGGUAUUCCCUUGCUUCGAUGAACCUGAGUUCAAAGCCGUCUUUGAUGUGGCAAUCGUAAGAGAGAAGGAUCACAUUGCAAGAGCUAAUACUCAUCUACUGCACACCAAAGACUAUGGAAUUGAGUAGGUUCACCUUAACUUUGCAUUUGAAUAAGCUACCUUUGACCAAGACCUAGCUCUAGCUUUAGCUUUAGCUGUAGCUGUAACCCUAGCUCCAGCUCUAGCCCUAGCUCUAGCUCUAGCACUAGCACUAGCUCUAGCUCUAGCUCUAGCUCUAACUUUACCUCUAGCUCUAACUCUAGGCUUAGGUCUAGCUCUAGCCAUAGCCUUAGCUAGAAAUGAGGAACGGUCUGGGCCCGUCUUUCAUGCUUGGUCCGAUCUAAAUUUUGAUUAGACCCGGCCCGCGUUUUUUUAUGUGCAAGCGGGCCGUACUUUUCGUGCAAUGCCGGCGUUUGAUUUUCAAGCCCGGCCUUUCCCUGAUCUCUAGCCCUAGACUUAGCCUUGGCCGUAGCGCAAGCAGUUUUUAUAAACAGUAAACUUCAAAAUUUAUGCAAAUUUUGAUUUUUUAGACUCGAGAUUGAUCACUUUGCACCAACGUUAAAAAUGAGCACUUAUAUUUUGGCAUUUGCCGUGCUGAACGACUUUAAAAAACAAAGGACAAUGACAAGCACGACAAGACGACCAAUUGAAGUCAAUUUGUUUUCCAAUGUUCCCAAUAUUGAAAACCAAGCCGUAUUUGGAUUGGAUACAACAGCCAAAGCUUUGGCGUAUUUUGAAACGUACUUCAAUAUACCGUUUCCCUUGCAGAAGACUGGUAGGUAAAAAUUAUCGUUUUUUGGUUUUUUAAAAUAAGGUAAGAAAGGACAGAGCUGUGUAGGAUAAAGUAUGUAAAAUGACAAUUUAAAGCAGACAUGUAUUGUAUUAGACCUUUCCUUUUAGAACUUCAUAUAUUCAGAUUUAAUUGGCUUAGAAACUCGUUACUUUACAACUUCUUAGAGAGUUACAAAGUGGCCAAACAAUAAGUUAUAUUUGAGAUGAGUUGGGGUAAUUUAAGGCAUUGGUUUGCGCCAGCAGACUUUAAGUCUGCAUGUGCUAGGCCGGGCCGCUUAGUAUUAUAAAGUAGGCUUAGUAGAAAAGCUAUAUUUUUGUCUUGUGUGUAAACAGGAUAGGGUAGUUUUGUUCUUUUGUAUUUUUAGGCUAAAAGGCCGCUUUUGUCAGUUUAACUUUGCUCUAUUUAGAUCUACUGGCAUUGGAUGAUUUUGCUGAAGGAGCGAUGGAAAACUGGGGGUUAGUUACCUUCAGAGACAAUAUGUUACUAUACGAUCCAAGCAAAUCGCCGGAAAAGGCGAAAGAAGUGAUUGCUUUGGUGGUUUGUCAUGAAAUUGCUCAUCAGGUAGGCUUAAAAAUUUUUUUAAAUUAAAAAAAAAAAUUUUAAUUUUUAAAAUUUUUAAAAUUUUUUAAAAAAUUUUUAUACAUGGACUAUAACAUUCAAACUACAGUAACCUAAACAAUAUAACAACCAUUUUAGUGGUUUGGGAACUACGUUACCAUGAAAUGGUGGAACGACUUGUGGCUGAACGAAGGUUUUGCUAAUUUUAUGGAGUUUUUGUGCGCAGACGCUCUUCAUCCUGACUGGAACAUGAUGACAACAUACUUCUUGGACAACCAUCUCUACAGUACUCAAAUGGACGGCUUUCAUACGUCUCAUUCAAUUUCGACUGAAGUAGAAGAUCCCAAUCAAAUAUCAUCACUAUUCGACGCUAUUUCUUAUAAUAAGGUAGGGUAGGGUAGGUGGUAGGGGGAAGAAUGAGAGGGUAGGGUAUAGGCAGCAGGGGGGGGGGACAGAAAGAGGGUAGGGUGACUAGGCGACAAGGGCAAGAGAGUAGAGGUAAUGAGGCUCAAAAUUUGAGAGAGACGGAGAAGGGGGGGGGGUGGGGGAGUUGGGGCCCCCAACUUGGGGGGGGGGCUAAGGGUAUUACAGAGAAUUUUUUGAUAGGGUAUGGUUAAAGCAUACUGUAGGAUAUUGGUUUAAAGUUUACUGUACAAUUAAGCCAAGGUAGGAUGGGGGUAAGGUAUGGUAGGGUAGAGUAAUGUAAAGUACAGUAAGAUACUGUGGGGUAAAGUAAAGUAAGGUAGCGCCCAGUAUAACAAGGCAGGGUAGGAUUUGAUAGGGUAGGAUAGGGUAAGGUUUAUAAAUGACCUAUGACAUAAAGAAUGGCAGAAAACAAAAAGUAGAAGGAGAGGAAGAAAAGCAGGGGAAUGUAAAACAUUUAUUAAAGUAGAGUGGGGUAGGGUAGGGCUUAUCAAGUUAUCCUUGAAUAUUUUAGGGCUCAGCGAUAUUAAAGAUGGUUUCAGCUCUAACUGGUCCAAAUGCUUUCCAACGGGCUCUACAACAAUACCUAAAAGCUUAUGAGUACAACAACGCUGAAGGAAUUGAUUUGUGGAAUAUUGUUCAGCAGGUAAGCUGUUAGUUCUGAGGUUUUGCAGGGCAGGACUAGAGCUAGUACUAACAUCUGGGGGUAAAAUUAGGGUUAGGACUCUGGGCUAGGGCUAGGGCUAGGGCUAGGGCUAGGGCUAGGGCUAGGGCUAGGGCUAGGGCUCUGGGCUAGGGCUCUGGGCUAGGGCUCUGGGCUAGGGUUAGGGCUAGGGCAAGGGUAGGGCUAGGGCUAGGGCUCUGGGCUAGGGCUCUGGGCUAGGGCUAGGGCAAGGGUAGGGCUAGGGCUAGGGCUAGGGCUAGGGCUAGGGCUAGGGCUAGGGCUAGGGCUAGGGCUAGGGCUAGGGCUCAGGGCUUUGGGCUUGGGCAAUUCAUAACAAACUUUUUGGGAUAUGGUUGACCAUAAUAUGUUAACAUUGUUUCAGCAUGCCAAUUUGAAUGUCAAUUUGACAAUAAACAAGCUGGCAGCAGAUUGGACGACACAAGUUGGAUACCCUUUCAUCCGAGUGUCAUUGAAUGAAGAUGGCACUAAAAUGACCAUUCAUAACCAAGUAAGUUGAAAUUCUUAUUUUUUUUGUAAAAUACGUUUAUAUUUACCUAAAAACUCAUUUUUUUAAUUUUAAAAUAUUUUUUCAAUUUAAAAUAAAUUUUUGAAAAAUUGAAAAUUUUAAAACUUUAAAAAUAUUUUAAAUUUUAAAUAAUUUUUUGAAAAAUUUUAAAAUAUUGUAGUAGAAAAAUUAAAAUAGAUCUUAAUGUUCAAAUUUUAUUGUAGUCACGUUUCCUUUACUUAGAAGAGGAACGCUACCCGAAUGUGACGGAACGCUGGUCGAUUCCAGUCAUGUAUCGGUCGAGUGCGAUCAAAGUUCCUCGAUUGACCUGGUUCUUUGAUGAUACUGGUAAGGUUUAAACUUAAAAUUUUUUUUAUUUUAGUUUUAUAGAGAAUGGUAGAGUACGGUAAGGUAGAGAACGCUAGGUUAGGGCAUGGUAAGAUAAGAUAGGGCGUGAUAUGGUAGUAUAAAGUAAGAUAGGCAAGGAUAAUAUACAGUUACGAUAGUUUUGAAGAAGGGUAAAGCUAGUAUAAGGUCGAGUAGGUAACGGUUACCGUAAAUUUGGUAUAAGUUACGAUUACGGUAAGCUAAAAAACUUUUUGGGUGUGGCAAGAUAGGAUAAGGUAGAGCCAGGUAGGGUAUGGUACAGCAAGGCAGGGUAAGCUAGGCUGGAGUAUAGAAGGAUUGAGAUUAGGGUACUGUGAAAUAGGGUACUGCAGAGUAGAGUACUGUAGAAUAAGUUACUGUAAAGUAGCAUAGUUAGGGUAGAGUAGGGUAUUGUAGGGUAGGGUAGGGUAGGGUAGGGUAGGGUAGGGUAGAAUAGGGUAGGUUAAGGUAGGGUAGGGUAAGGUUGGAUUUUAAUUAAAAAUAGUAAGAUUUUACAAUUUGUUUUAGAAACGAUUGAUCUCGGAACGAUAAAAUCGAAUUGGGCGGUAGCCAACGCUGGUGCCAAUGGCUUUUACCGCGUUUUGUAUAGUGAAGACAUCUAUAAGGAGUUUAUUCGACAACUCAAAAGGGAUCAUUCUGUAAGUAGACUAUUUUUUUGUAAAUUUAAGUACGAUAGGGUUACUGUACUUUGAAAAAAUACUAAAAUACGCUGUAGCUUUAGUAUGUUUGUUAUUCAGAUUAAUAUAAAGAAUUUCUGUAAAUGUAAAAUACGGUCUUUGUUCGUAAUUAUUUUUUAAAUUUCAGCAACUAACGUUGAUUGACCGUGCUGUGAUUAUGAACGAUGCUUUUGCAUUUGUUAAAGCUGGGUAUUUGAGCAUUGAAAUGGCAUUCGACUUGAUUUUAUAUGUUGAAGGUAAGUUACUUGUUUAUAUAUAGCUUUAGCCCUAUUCUAGCUAAACCCAAAGUCUUAUCAUAGCCGAGCUUAAGUCUAACCCAGCCCAGCCGAUUACAACAUAGCCCAACCCAGUUCAGCAUAGCCCAGUCCAGCAUAGCUCAGCCCAGCCGAUUACAGCAUAGCCCAACCCAGUUUAGCAUAGCCCAGUCCAGCAUAGCUCAAACCUGUUCAGGCCAGCCCAGGCCAGCCCAGCCCAGGCCAGCCCAGCCCAGCCCAGCCCAGCCCAGCCCAGCCCAGCCCAGCCCAGCCCAGCCCAGCCCAGCUCAGCCCAGCCCAGCCCAGCCCAGCCCAGCUUAGCCCAGCCCAUUUCAGAAUAGCUCAGCCCAACCCAGUUCAGCUUAGCCCAGUUUAGCCUAGGCUUUUUUUACGUUUAGUAGUAGCCCUAUGCCUAGCUCUAACCCUCGCAGUAGCCUUGUAGCUCACCCUCUCUAGCUGUACUUCAAACCCCGUUGUGCAAUAAAAGAAUUUUUGCAUUAUUACCUAAUAUAUCUGAUAUAACUAGGUAGCCUUAGAGAAAUUGCAAGAAAUAGUGUUACGUCAUGUUUUCUUAUGUAAUAUUAUGUCUUUAUAUCAUUUUUGCCUCGGUGUAAAACGAACCAACAAAUUAAUACGAGUACGGCAAUUUUACUGUAAUUUAAUGCCCUAGCCCUGAGCCCUGUUUCCUAUCCCUAGCUAUUACAUUUAGAUCUAGCCUUUACGUUUAGUCCUACUCAUAGUUUCGAAGACUAGCUAUGGCUCUUCAGCCUAGGCUUAGUCCUUAAGUCUAUUCCUAGCGCUCCAGACUAACCGUGCCUUAUCCGUAGCAAUAGUUUUAAGUAGUAGUGGCUUUAGCUUUAGUUCUAGCCUUAGUAAGAUAUUCCUAUUCUAUUGGUAUCUUUACUCACAUCUUUACUCACAUCUAUGUCUACUUAAAUAUGUUCUUUCAGAAGGCACUGAACUAGACCGUGUACCAUGGGUAGUAAUCCUACAAAACCUUCGCUAUAUUGAAUACCUAAUUGAUGAUGAUUAUGAACUUUUGAGUUUAUAUCAGCAAUUUGAACGUCAUUUGGUCUUAAAAACGUAUGAAACGAUUGGUUGGGAAAUGCCUCAAGGGCACGCUGAGAAGAUGUUCCAACCAGAGCUGUUACACACAGCGUGCAGACUGGAGAUCAGCAACUGUAGCAAGGAAGCACAGGAGAGGUUCUAUCUCUGGAUUAAUGAUCGAAAUUCGUAGGUUUUUAUAUUUAAAGGGUGGGGUAUGGCUAGUACAAGGUAGUGUAACGGUAAUACUAAUAUAGAGUAGGGUAGAAUAUGUUACAGCAGGAUUAAUAUAGAGUAAGGAAGGGUUACGGGAGGGCUAAUAAAAAGGACAGGUAUAGUAUAAAGUGGAGUAGGGUAUGGUAUAGUAGGGUAGGGUAGGGUAGGGUAGAACGGGGUAGGGUAAGACAGGUUUUUCAUCUUUUUUGCCUGAAAAUUUAUUAUUAGGUACUUAAAACAAUAUCAUUCAAUGCUUCAAUCCAUAUUCCAGAGUCUCAGUGGAUCUCCAGCCGUUAGUCCUAGAAGAAGGUAUUAAACACGGCUCAACUCAAGACUGGGAGAACUUACUACACGACUAUCUACAUUCAAAAACGCCAUCCGAACGUAACACCUUACUCUUGGCACUUACUGCGACACAAGAUGUUAAGAAUGUGAUAAGAUUACUUGACCUAUGUUUUAAUGGUGAAAGUGUAAGGCCUAACAUACUACCACGAGUACUAGGAGCACUAGUACAGAAUAGAGCGGCUGCUCACGUUACUUGGCGGUACAUACGACAACAUCGGGAGAGGUUGGAGGAAAUGUAAGUUUUUUUUAAAUUUUGAUAAAAAAGUGAUGUUACAGUAAGAUUUUUUGUAAAAUUCUGUUACAGUAAGAAUUUUUGUAAAAUUUUGUUACAGUAAGAUUUUUAAUUUUACUUUAAGCCUAUAAAAGCCUUUUUUUAAUAUCAAUUGUCAUUUUAAAGUUAUAAAACCAUUUUUUUAUUUUGCACAGUGCGACGAUUUAAGACUGCACCCUGCAGUCAAAAAUAGCUUACUGUAUUAGGUGUCCCAAAACUUUUGAACCGAAUUUAAAAAAUAAAAAUGGGUUUUCGGCAGCUAAUUUUAUCUACUUUUAUUUUCAUUUAUUUUUAUACCAUUCUUGUGAUAACAAAAUUUAAAUUCGCUAAAUCUGCACGGUGCAGUCAAAAAAUGUUGCACCGUGCAUACGUUUUUAAUGCUCGAAAAAUCGUCAAAAAGGGUAAAAAUCGAAGUUUAAAAUGGAUUUGGCAUAGGAAAAAGGCUUUAAAAUUAAAAUUAGAUAUGAUUUUGUUUGAAAUUUCAUCAAAAUUUAAAUUUUUUAAAAAAAUUUUCUGAUAUUACACUAGAUUUUGGGUGAAAACAACAAAUUUUUAAUUAAAACUUAUAUUGUACUAGCUUAAAAAUGCUCAUAAGAUCUCAUUUCAGCCUUGGCGAUGCAACAGUCAUGUUUGGAGCAGCCCUAAAGAUGGUAAUCGAAGGCUUUAGUACCGAAUUCGACCUUCAAGAAGUGUACGACACCUUUUCGAAGCACGGAAUCGGCACCUCCCACGCCCGAAUCCACCAGUCGUUGGAGUCGGUUAGGCUUAACAUCCAAUGGCGCAGGUUAAACGAGAAAGCACUUGAGCUGUGGUUGAAGAAAUGGCACUUAAAACAAAAUAAUCCUUGA